AUGGAUAGCUUAGCUUCACAAAAUUCCCAAAUUUAUUCCUUACAACCACCUUCCUUUAAUAAACCAAUACCAUAUCUUCCACCAGAAAUAAUAACCGAAAUAAUUUCAUGUGUUAAUGAAGAUGAUAUAAAAUCAUUGUAUUCAAUAAUUCAAGUAAAUAGAACAUGGUUUUAUUGUUCAAUUCAUAUCUUAUGGAGACAACCAUUUAAAUAUAUUUCAUUAACAGGUUAUUCAAAAUUACUUAAAAUUUAUAUUUGGUUUCUACCCGAACAAACCAAAUUGAGAUUACAAAAUAAUUAUUUUAAAUUUGAUGUGAAAGAAUUCAAUAAGAAACCUAUAGUGAAUUAUUUAAGUUUUUUAGAAAAUUUGGAAAUAGAAAGUCGUAGUUUAUAUUGGGCAAUUAAGCUAUUGUUACCUACCCUUGAAAUUGAAGAAGGAAACGAUGAGAAACCUGAAGAUAAAAAACUAGAACAGGAGGAUGUUAAAGGAAAAGAACUACAGGUUCAGGCUCACGCUUUGUUAAUAGAAUUUUUUAAUUUAUUUAAAGAAAAUUGUCCAAAUUUAAAAAAUUUUAAAAUGCCAAAAGAACAUUUAUCAUUGAACGCUGAAGAUUUAGAGAAUAUUUGUACAAACCUAACCGAUAAUAAAUCGAUUUAUCAUCGUCCACGAACUCGUCGUCGUCGUAAUGCUCCUUGA